CAUACCUUACAUAACACAUAUGUAGCCUAUAUGGUACAUUGAUUGUAGUAUGGAACAUUUCAACAGAUCUUAUGUUUAACCCACACACGCUUGACUUGUGAUACUUAAAAUGAUGUUGAACAUGAAAUGCGCCCUUUUACUGCAAUACAUCUAGGUUUUGGUUUCAAUGAAUCACCCAAAAGGCAACAGUACACUAUGCAAAAUGUCCGCCCGUGGAAAUGGUGAGCUCACCUGUGUGCGCUCUCAGGGCGCCCCGGGCGGAGGCGCACGGUACUACACUGGCACUGGCGUACGGCCGCCGCACGGGGGCGCUCAAACAAAGCAGCGCGAGCGGCGGCUGCAGGCCGAAACGCUGAGAGCAAAUACAGCACAGGCCGCUCUUAGCAAGCAGAGCCUCACGAACCUCCACCCACCGCCCGGACCGGGCCAUGGCGGCGGAACCGUGCUCGCAGAUUGAAGCCGAACUUUAUUACCUGAUCGCCAGAUUCCUGCAGUCUGGACCAUGUCAGAAAUCCGCUCAGAUGCUGCUGCAGGAGAUGCACGAAUAUGAGAUCAUCCCGAAGCGCUGGAGCUGGGAUGGAAAGCUGUUUAAGCGAAGCUUUGAAGACUGGGUGGUGUUAAAUCAGCACAUACCUUCUGAUUACCUGCUGCGUGUGUGUGAGCAGAUUGGCCCACUGAUAGAUAAACACAUUCCUCCCAGUGUUCCUGGAGUCCACAGUUUACUGGGCACUGGACGACAGUCAUUACUACGGACGGCAAAAAGUUCUUCUCAUACAGUAUGGAGUGGUUCUGCAGUAGUCGCCUUGCACAGGGGACGGCCCCCAGAACCACCUAUAAACUGUGCCAAAACACCAAAUAUAGUGUCAAUCAUGGGUGCUCGCCAAAAAACAGGAGUGGCUCGAUUUGGCCACGCCUUCCCCUCCUGCACCUACCAGCACAUGAAAAUGCAUCGGAGGAUUCUGGGCCAUCUCUCAUCAGUGUACUGUGUGGCAUUUGACCGCACUGGACAACGCAUUUUCACGGGUUCUGACGAUUGUCUAGUGAAGAUCUGGGCAACAGAUGAUGGCCGUCUGCUAGCCACUCUGCGCGGACAUGCGGCAGAGAUUUCAGAUUUGACGGUGAAUUUCGAGAACACGCUCCUCGCUUCCGCCAGUUGUGACAAGAUCAUCCGCGUGUGGUGCCUGCGAACCUGUGCACCUGUGGCUGUAUUGCAGGGGCACACAGCCUCCAUCACCUCUAUACAGUUUUCUUCAUCAGCAUUAGGUUCCUCUCGGUAUCUGGCCACCACUGGAGCUGAUGGCAUGGUGUGCUUCUGGCAGUGGAACUCACUCAGCAUGAAGUUUGUUGAUAAACCUGUAAAGUUCAUGGAACGUUCUCGUCCCGGAGUUCAGAUAUCCUGCAGCUCCUUCAGCUCUGGGGGAAUGUUUCUGGCCACUGGAGGCACAGAUCACAUGAUCAGAGUUUACUACCUCGGCACAGAGACGCCUGUGAAGUUUUCUGACCUGGACUCCCACACGGAUAAAGUUGUUGCUAUUCAGUUCUGCAAUAACACCGACAGUCUCAGGUUUGUGAGUGGUAGUCGGGAUGGUACAGCUCGGAUUUGGCAUUACCAACAGCAAGAAUGGAAGAGUAUUGUACUGGACAUGACCACCAGAUUACCAGGGAGUGCUGUGAUAUCAGGCGAUGAUAAAUCGACAAAGUUGGUGGUGACAAUGGUCGCGUGGGAUCGUUGCGACCGUUCCAUCAUCACAGCCGUUUCAAACUGCCUCCUCAAAGUCUGGAACUCAGCAAACGGCCAAUUACUACAUGUGCUGUCGGGUCACGAUGAUGAGGUGUUUGUUUUGGAAGCACACCCCUUUGACUCACGGAUCUUGUUAUCGGCUGGUCAUGAUGGUAACAUCUACAUUUGGGACCUCAGCAAAGGCCAGAAGAUCAGAAACUUUUUCAAUAUGAUUGAGGGCCAGGGACAUGGUGCUGUGUUUGAUUGUAAAUUUUCAGUGGAUGGGCAGCACUUUGCAUGCACAGACUCUCAUGGUCAUCUGCUCAUCUUCGGCUUUGGGUGCAGUCAGCCUUAUGAAAAGAUUCCAGACCAAAUGUUCUUCCAUACGGAUUUUCGGCCAUUGAUCCGGGACUCCAAUAAUUUUGUUCUAGAUGAGCAGACGCAGCAAGCACCCCAUCUUAUGCCUCCGCCUUUCCUGGUGGACGUGGAUGGGAAUCCCCACCCGCCUCUUUACCAGCGCCUGGUGCCAGGCAGAGAAAACUGCAAAGAGGAGCAGCUUGUGCCACAGCUCGGCUACAUGGCUAAUGGUGAUGGCGAAGUGGUUGAGCAGGUGAUUGGCCAGCAGACCGCAGAGGAUUCUCAGGAAGAAAGCCCAUUGGAUGACUUGAUUAGGCAGCUCCAACACCACCAAGAUGAGCAACGCAACUCAGGAAAUCCUGCUGCAGGUGCUGAGGUGGCAGGUGGUCCUCUGUCACCCCCUAACGUCGGACUGCGACGUAGCGGACAAGUUGAGGGUGUACGGCAGAUGCACAACAAUGCCCCCCGCAGUCAGAUGGCCACUGAGAGAGACCUGUUGGCAUGGAGCCGGCGUGUGGUGGUUAAUGAAGUCCAGUCUGGCAUUUUCAGAGUUAUGGAGGAAAGUAGGCUUGCUAAAGGAGAGGUGGAACGGUUUUUUUACAACACUGAGAAGAAGAGAAAAUCUACACCCACAACAGGAAGUGAGCCGGUGGGUAACAGCGUUCGCAUGUUACGAAGGCCUCAGCGCAGGCCUCAGCAGAGGAGACACACGUAUCAGACCCGCUCGACUCGAGAUAGGAGACGGAGCACAAGCGUGCUUUCGUACACCCGAAAUGAGGAAAGUGCAAGAGAGUCCGACAGUGAAGCAGAGGAAGAGGACCAGAAUGAGAACAGUGACGGGUCCUCUGAUGAAGCUCAGUGGGAGAAUGACAGUAGCUCCAGUGACUCUUCCAGUGAGUAUUCAGAUUGGACGGCAGAUGCGGGAAUCAACCUUCAGCCCCCCAAGCGAACAACCAGAAGGCCAGCCCCUGUCGUCGGGAGCAGUAGCUCUGAGGAAGAUGAAGGGACAGGGCAGGGAGAAGGGGAGGCUGAGAGGAGGAGUAAACGGACUGAAAAGAAAAAGAAACCGAAACAGACUAAACAGCGGCCUGUGCCUGCUGGAGAAUUAGAUGAAUGGUUGCCCCCCUCUUGGAUCAUGGAAACAAUUCCAAGACGAUCACCUUUCGUACCUCAAAUGGGAGAUGAAUUGAUAUAUUUCCGUCAGGGUCAUCAAGCAUAUGUCCGAGCCGUGUGUCGUGCCAAAGCCUACAGCAUCAACCCUCAGAAACAGCCCUGGAACCGCUUUGAUCUCAGGGAUCAGGAGUCUGUAAAGGUAGUGGGUAUUAAAUAUGAAGUCGGGCCACCCACUCUGUGCUGCCUCAAACUGGCCUUCCUGGACCCCACCUCAGGGAAAAUGACUAACGAGUCCUUCAGCUUGAAGUAUCAUGAUAUGCCUGAUGUCAUUGACUUUCUGGUGCUACAGCAGAUUUAUAAUGAGGCCAAAGCACGAAACUGGCAGCCUGGUCAGCGUUUCAGGAGCAUCAUUGAUGAUGCCUGGUGGUUUGGUUCGGUGGAGUGUCAAGAGCCGUUUCAGUCUGAAUAUCCAGACAGCCUGUUUCAGUGCUACAUUGUCAGGUGGGAUAAUGGAGAGAGAGAAAAGAUGAGUCCGUGGGAUAUAGAGCCCAUACCUGAAGAAGCUCCAGUCCCAGAGGAGGUUGGGGACAGUGUUCCGGUCACAGAGGACGAGCUUCAGUCCCUACUGUACAGCCCACAGGAGGGAGAGUGGGGGCUGCACACACAAGAUGAAGAGUGCGAGAGAGUCAUCACGGCCAUAGAUCAGCUGCUUACGCUCGAUGUGGCAAAGCCAUUCUCCUGCCCCGUAGAUUUGAGGGAAUAUCCGUUGUACUGCACUGUUGUGGCCUAUCUCACUGACCUCAGCACCAUCAGAACAAGAUUAGUGCACCGUUUCUACAGGCGAAUCUCAGCGCUUAUGUGGGAGGUGCGUUACAUCGAACACAAUGCUCGAACAUUUAAUGAACCACAGAGCCCCAUCGUCACAGCAGCAAAAACGGUCACGGACGUCCUGCUGCGUUUCAUCAGGGAUCAAAGCUGUACAGAUAUUUUGGAUCUGUACAAUAAGAUGAAGACCGAAUUUAGCAGCGCAGGAGAGGAAGAGGAGACUGUGGAUGUGGACUCAGACACUCCUGGCACCUCCACUGGUCAGAGGAGGUCGAGUAAUGUGCCUCAGAAGCGUGGCGUGGUCCUAGAUAUAAACGCAUGGCACAAACAAUGCAAAGAGCUUCUGAGGAGAAUGAUGGCAAGCCCAGAUUCAGAGCCAUUCCGCCAGCCUGUUGACCUCUUCACCUAUCCGGAUUAUCGUGAUAUUAUAGACACUCCUAUGGAUUUGGGCACGGUCUCUGAGACCCUCAUGGGUGGGAACUAUGAGAAUCCCAUAGAGUUUGCCAAAGAUGUGCGGCUUAUCUUCAGUAAUUCAAAGGCCUACACGCCCAACAAGAAGUCUCGAAUCUACAGUAUGACUCUGAGUCUGUCGGCGUUCUUUGAGAAUCAGAUCAUUCCCAUCAUUUCAGACUACAAAUCUGCUGUUCAGAAUCAGCGUAGGAGUCAACAGAGACUCAAGAGAUUACAGAGUUCUCUUCCCAACAGCCCCAAAGGAAAACAGAAAUCGGGAAAGAAAACCUCCCAGACUUCUGCAAAGUCCCGCUCAAGGAAAUCCUCUCAAGAUUUAAGUGUUGCACAAGCUGAUGAAGACAGUCAGCCUUCCUCUUCGUCUUCAUCCUCUUCCUCCUCAUCUUCCACGUCUUUUUCAUCAGAGCAUGCAGGAGCCAACAGAGUUACACGCAGCCGAGUUACACCAAGCAAAUCCUCAGGUGGCAAUGACUGCCUGUCAAAUGGAGGUCGGAGUUCACGUAGGAGAAGAGCUGCAUUAACGGAAGAGGGAGAGGUCUCUGAAUGUGAGAGUACCAGCUCAUCAUCAUCCUCAACAUCCGCUUCGGCAUCGUCCUCUUCCGGAACCUCGUCAUCUUCGUCCGAGAGCGACGACAGCGGGACGGAGUUGGGCGGCUUUGCGGAUGGCGGCGAUCAUGACUACAGCAAAGCCCCGCAACAUAAACAGAAAGGCAAAGAGGCAGCAGUCUCUGUCGAUAACGCAAAGCGAAAGCGGAAAGGAGAAGAGCAAACGACAGAACCUGAGAAACGAGCACGGCGGGAGGCCGAAAGAGAAGAGGAGGAGGAGCCUGAGGAAGAAGAAGAACCAGAUGAAGAGGAGGAACCUGAGGAGGAAGAAGAGGAGCUGGAUGAGGAAGAGGAGGAGUCUGAUGAGGAAGACCUCACUUCAUCAUCAAAAACUGGAAGUCAGAGGUCAAAUCAAAGGACUCAAAAAACAGGGCGGGUUAAUACUCGUAACCAGGGACGAAGGACUGUUCUAUACAACGAUGACUCUGAAGAGGAGGGGCUGACGACAGACCCACUGAAUCUAGGAAUGUCACGUUCUGGACGGGUCCGUCGCAUGACUGAACGUGCGAGGGUUAGCCAUCUUAUGGGCUGGACACAUUGACAUUUUUAUGAUCCUUACACAGACUCACUACAGCGAUACUGCAGGGAUUUUGUUUUUAGUACUGUCUUUUUGUGACUUGUUUGUUUUUUUACUAUUGUUGUCUCCGAGACUUGAUGUUCAUGACUCUUCCUGGACUGUGGUGCUUUCUCUUCUCUGGUUUUCAUGAAAACUACCUUGCCAUCAACUAAUCCGCCACCUCUGCCUUAUUCUGGUCCAGAGCGGUAAAGAGUCAACUCUCCUUCCUUCCUUCCUUCCUUCCUUCCUUCAUCCUGUAUGACUUUGAUUCCCAUCUUUGUUCUUUUGGUUUCUAGUUUCUUUCACUCCAAGAAAUGUAUUCUGUCAGAAAGAUGGUGCUGCUCUUCUCUCACUUCCUCCAUCUUGUGUUUGCUUUUUCAUACUUUUUUUUACACAGGGGGUCAGUGAGAACACUUACGUUUACCAUAUAAUUCAGCUGACUUGACUUUACUAUUAAAUCAGGUUAUGCAUUUACCUCUGUUCAAUAAUAUAAUACAUUUUUGUCCUAUGAUUUAGUGCAGGUGUAAACUAUGAGAUGCAUUAACUACUUCCAGAUCACUUGCGUUACUCCUCAUCCAUUAGAGUACAGACAUGAGGAGGAGAAAAUGCACUUCUCCCUUCUCCUCUUGUUCAAAUACACAAAAACACUUCAGACUGUUUUUACAGAAUAUAUUUAUAUUUUUCCACUCUUGUAUGAUACACUUUGAUUGAUUCUUGUCUUACAGUAAGGAGAACAUUAGUAUUGAUGAUGUUUGCACAUUUUAUGUCAAGUAUAUGUGGCAGCUGAUUGGUGGAAAUGAGGUGAUAUCUGAAUCCUGGACUGGUUCAAAUAUGUCAAUUGAAGCCGGUGCCCUCAAGCUAUCUGAGGAGCAUCAGAAUGGUUAUUGGUUAUUUUCUCAUCUUUUUUUUCCUCUGUGCCAUUAUCAUUGAAAAAUUAGAAGAAUAUUAUGUUUUGGACAAGGAAGACAACAAGAACCCCUCUGAAAAUCAUGUAAUGUGAUCAUUUAAUCAAUGUUAAUGUGUUUCGGUGGUGUAUUUUCAGGAUUCUGAGUACAAAGCAUUAUAAAUCGAAGAGAUCCUAAGUUGAAUCUGAGUUUGGUUUGGUGCGUUCAAAGGGUGUAUAAAAAAAAAAAUGUGAUUUUUAACACACUGGUACAUAUCUCUUUCUCUGGUUUGCUCUUCUCUUUUCUUAUCUUCUGUUUAUCCCUCUUUCUCACUUUUGUUUUCGCUGUCUUUAUUGCACUGGUAUGGAAAACACCCUCUCCAUCCAGUGCCUAAACUGCUUUUCCUCACCUGUUUGAAAGACUUUUCCCAGAAAAUCAGAAUACAGCAUUAACAUCCUCAGGCUCAGUGCUUAGAAAGGAGUUGACCAGACUUGAAUUUAUUUUGCCUAUUCAUUUCCUUUCCAUCUCUCAUCCUGUCCAGUUUUUUUUUUUUGUAUCAGGGAUCUGUUGUCAUGGGGCGACAGACAAAGCCUGGAUCUGUUCAAUGACACUGAUGGUGAAGAUGGUCACGAUUUUAGAUGUCAUAAGCCUAUGUCUGUUUAUUUCUUUUCUACACAUUUUGGAUUUUUUUUUUUUUUUAUAAUAAAGGUGUAAAACUGUGA